CAUAACAUUACGAAUUAAAAAAAAAAAACUUAAAGAGAGAGAAAAAAGAAAACCCUUUCUUCACCAUUGUUGAUGGAGUGAGAAAACUCCUUCCCAUCUCAUUUCUUGUUUCUGUUCAAAGAAUGGAAAUUUUUCUUUCUCUUCUUGAUACUGAAGCUACACAAGCCAAUUAGGUCAAAUGAAUUUGUAGGUUGCAUGUUAACUUACCCUUCAAGGUCUACAUCUUUUAUCGACCCUUUAGAUUCUCUCUUUGUUCUUAUCCUUUUUCAUAUAAAGAAUUGAAAAAGAGUUCAGAUCUUUCCUUCUCCUUUUGCAUCCCCCUUAGCCACAAAGUUCGAACCUUUCAGAAGCUAUGGAUCGAAGAGAAGCAAUGGGCUCUUACUACAUCCAGAGAGGCAUGCCUGGUUCUGGACCUCCUCCUCCUCCUCAGACUCAACAGCCAUUUCACGGGUCUCAAGGGUUUCACCAUUUCUCCAAUCCCAAUUACCAGAACCAAGGAGGCGGCUCCACUGGGUUCGUGUCUCCUCCUUUGCAAAUGGAGUCUUCUCCGGUUGAUUCUUCAGCGGUGGCUGCUCCUCCUCCUACUUCCGGUGAGACGUCUCUGAAGAGGAAGAGAGGACGGCCUAGGAAAUACGGACAAGACGGUUCUGUUUCCUUGGCAUUGUCUCCUUCAGUGGGCUCCUCCAUGUCCCCAAACUCUAACAAACGUGGUCGUGGUAGACCUCCUGGCUCCGGCAAGAAGCAAAGACUUGCUUCCAUCGGUGACUUGAUGAUGCCUUCGUCAUCAGGGAUGAGCUUCACACCGCACGUAAUUGUAGUUUCAGUUGGUGAAGACAUAGCAUCAAAAGUACUGUCUUUUUCUCAGCAAGGUCCAAGAGCGAUUUGUGUCUUAUCCGUUAUUGGUGCAGUCUCUACUGCAACUCUUAUUCAACCAGCACCGUCCCAUGGAGCUAUAAUCUACGAGGGCCGUUUCGAGCUCGUAUCUCUAUCACUUUCUUAUCUGAACUCAACUGACAAUGACUACUCAAACCGCACUGGAAACCUAGCUGUUUCACUCGCUAGCCCUGAUGGUCGUGUCAUUGGUGGUGGAAUUGGAGGGCCUCUAAUAGCAGCAAGCCAUGUUCAGGUUAUCGUUGGGAGCUUCCUUUGGGCGGUUCCGAAACGGAAGGUUAAAAAAAGAGAUGAAACAACAUCUGAGGAUGUCCAAGACACUGAUGCUUUGGAGAACAAUGACAGCACAGCAGCGCCAGUGUCGCCUCCUGUUCCUCAGAACCUUGUUCAGACUCCUGUAGGCAUGUGGUCAACCAGUUCGAGAUCAUCGAUGGAUAUGCAUCACGCUCAUAUGGACAUUGAUCUAAUGCGCGGAUGAUGAUUCAUGUGUGUAUAUAACCCAUUGAAAAUCUAGGAGAAGAAGACUUUAAGCUAACCUCUCUGGGAGAAUUGUCUUUUGGUUUAUGCCUAGGAAACAAAAGACUUGUAGUGAUUUUUCACAACUCAUGUGUGUUUGGUUUCAUAUUAUAUGUUAUUGCAUUCUACAA